AUGAGGGUUCGGGGGAUCAAUAAUGUAUAUAUUGUCCCCCAUUGCCCAUACCAAAAUGGGAAAAUCGAGCGCUUGUGGCCUAACAUAGAGAGCAGAGAGUUGUCAUGGGCAAAGAUUCAACAAUGGGUUGAGUACUAUAAUUCUAAACCUCAUCUAGCAUUACCAACUCAUUAUGUGAAUGGAAAAAAAAUUCACUAUAGCCCAUCUGAAAUGUGGAAGAAACUUCCAAUUUGGAAGAGGGGAAUGCCGGCAAAAUGGAUUGUGGAUGGAGUCUCUCAAGAUUUUCUUCCAGGUUCACUUAUGGCCAAUGAGAUGCCAGAGCUCCAAGGAAUCGAAGAAGAUGAAUGGGAAAAAGAAGGCGAGGAAGUUGAAGAAGAAGAAAAUAAGGCGAAUCCGGUUGAAAUAGAAGAAGAUAGUAAUGAAGAAGAAGAAUACGAAGUAAAUUAUGAAGAAGAAUAUCAAGAAGAUUAUGAAGAUCCUUAUGAAGAAGAUUAUGAUGAUUCAUUUUAA